AUGGGCAGGUUUCACGCCCGAUUAUACAAGACUGACCGUGCGCGGGAUUUCGAUCAUGAACAGGAUCGAUAUGUGCGCAUGCGACAGAUAUACGAGACCAUCGACCGGCAAGGCUAUCAAUGGAUUGUUGUGCUGGUUGCUGGUCUGGGCUUCUUCCUGGAUGGAUACACACUCUUUGCCAGUAACAUGGCCAUCCCUAUGAUUUCUUACGUCUACUGGCGAGAAGAUACGUCCUCGCUCCGACUGACCUGCAUCAACAUCGCAACGCUGGCGGGCACACUGUUUGGACAGGUGAUCUUCGGGUUUCUGGCCGACAAAAACGGGCGAAAGAAGAUGUAUGGCGUCGAGCUGGUGCUUUUGAUCACGGCCACGCUCGGCGUUGUGAUGUCGUCGAAGGGCGAGGAUGGGAGUAUGAAUGUCUAUGCCUGGCUGAUCUGGUGGAGAAUCUGUGUCGGCAUCGGUGUGGGAGCAGACUAUCCGCUGUCCGCAGUCAUCACCUCUGAGUUUGCCCCAACCAAGCAUCGUGCCCGAAUGAUGGCCAGUGUCUUCUUUAUGCAACCCCUGGGUCAAAUUGCCGGAAAUCUGGUCUCACUGAUUGUAGUUGCUGUGGCUCGCAGUAAGGACACGGACGACCUGACCCGGAGCGUUGAUAGCAUGUGGCGCUGGGUCCUUGGAAUCGGUGUUAUCCCUGGCGCCAUCGCAACUCUAUUCCGAUUUGCUAUUCCCGAGAGCCCACGUUAUUUGGUGGAGAUCGAGGAUGAUCCCGUCACGGCGGAGUUCGAUGCGACCACCCUGUUCAAUGACCCGGUUAUGACCCCCGAAUUCGAGCAGACCAGCUUCAUAGGUGGAGCUGGAAGUAACAUACAGCUUCCCCAAAUAUCAUCACUCGCCAGUGAUUCCAUUGACGACGAUGAUGAGUACAGCCGUCUACCUCCGGCGACUCUCAACUCGCACUGGCGCCUUGCGCGCACUGACAUUAUCCGAUAUUUCUGGACCGAAGGAAAUUGGCGCACUCUGGCCGGUACUUCCAUUGCCUGGCUCCUCCUUGAUUUUGGGUACUAUGGUAUCGGUCUUUCAAGCCCGCAAUUUCUCGCAAAGACAUGGGGUGAUCUCCACCUCAGUCAUUCAGCGCCCAAUUGGCAGACGGAUGAUCGACCCGGCGCCAGCGUCUACCAGCAGCUUUUCAACACCUCCGUCCACGGCCUGGUGAUUCUCAACAUCGGCAGCUUCGUCGGUGGUCUGCUAUUCAUUCUUUUUUCGCAUCGCAUUGACCGUGUCGCUCUCCAAAAGUACAUGUUUCUUGCUUUAUCCGUUCUCUUCAUCACUCUCGGCAGCUUGUUCGUCAAUCUUUACUCCGGUCCCCCGGUCGUCGUGACUCUUUAUGUCAUCGGCCAGGUGAUAUUCAACUUUGGCCCCAACGCUACAACUUACAUGAUCCCUGCCGAGCUAUUUCCUACUCGUUACCGUGGUACCUGCCACGGCCUCAGCGCCGGGGCAGGUAAGCUCGGUUCUAUUCUCGUUCAAAUAUUUUCCACAUACUACCGCUUUGGCAGCAGCCCUGGUACCACUUCAACGCGGCGUCACGGCAUUGUCUUGUUCGUCUUUAGCGCCUGCAUGAUUCUCGGAGCCGUCGUAACCCAUUUCUGGAUUCCGCCCUUACAACAGAAGAAGGGACGAAAUCUCAUCUGGGGCGGCAAGCCUUACACCCUUGAGACCCUGGCACUGGGUCGCAUGGGCCGUAAGAGCCGCGAGGCGGAUCUUCGGAAGCGGGCUUCCAGAGCGCGAGCCAUGUCCUUCAGUGGCUAA